UCGAUGCCUUUUUUCAACCUGUUCAACGUGUUCUAUACACGCAAAUGCCCCAGCUCAGAUUCUUGUAACAAUUUUUCAAAGAUGUUUACCAAUUCAUUCAUUUAUGGACAGAAAAAAUGCCAAACCAAACGUAAACACAAUAAAUAUAUAACAUGACAAUCAUAGAGUUUGUGUUUUACUUGGGGAGAAAUUGGCAUGUCAUUGCUAUGAUUUGUGAUGAAGUUGAAAAAUACGUUUUUAACUUUCCAAUAAACUUUUAUCAAAUAUAUAUAAAUACAAGGCCUUGCUAUUGAACCCUAUGACCGCAAACUCCAUCUAAACUUUAAGGACCACCUUAGGUAUGUUCCUUGUAAACAUGAGACAUUGAUUUUAAUACAAAGGCUCAUUAAAUGUUUAAAAAAACUAUUGUUAGCACAAGUGACCUUCACCUUGUGACUCCCAACACUUGAACAUCCAAAGUAUGUUCCUUCCAAAUAUGAAAAAACAUCAGUAUGUACUUUCCAAAUAUGAAAAAACACCAGUCUAUAAAUAAAGGCUGUUUGGGCAAAAGGGUAAAAUCUAUUUUUUGGCACUGGUGAUGUUAACCCCUAUCUCAAUCCAAAGGAAAAAUUCCAUGCAAGUAAUCAUCCUUUCAAAUAUAAACCAUCAGGCAAAUGAUAAAGGCUGUAUAAGCAAAUUUUUAGAAAUCUAUUAUUGGCACACUUACGUUGUUUCAAUGACCUCUUACUCAAUCUAUGCAAAUUUUCUUGCCAAAUAUGAAAAACAUCUGUCUUUAAAUAAAGGAUGUAUGGACAAAAGUGUAAAAAUCUAUUUUAGCACUGGUGAACUUAACCCAACUGACCCGUAACUCCAUCAAAAUAAAGAAAAUUAUCUAAGUAUCAAAUGUAAAAGAAAUCAAAAGAAUAUGGUUACACCUGAAAAAGUGUAAAAAUCUACCCAAAUGACCCCCAACUUUUCAUACAGAAAUGUUAAAAUUCAAUUUUUACACCAAUGGCAUUGACCCUAAUGACUCCUUACUCAACAAAAUGUUAGCGGACCUUUGAAGGUAUCCACCUUCCCAAGUAUGGAAAAUAUCAUUAAAAGAAUAAAUCCAACUUGCAAGAAUAGACUAACCAUACAUUUAGGCCCAUUUUCAAAGUGAAAAAAAGGCUAAUAACUGGGGAAAAAAAGAUGGCACAAUUAUAUAACUUGGCAAUAUUAUAUAUUUUAUAUAUAAGUAUGUGUGGAAAUUAUGAAGCCAUUAACAUACAGCCCCUGCAAGUAUAGGUUAACCAUUUCAAUUUUUCAAAGUACGAGAAAGGGCAAUAACUUGGAAAAAAUGGAAGUCAUGAUUUCAUAAUUUGCCAAUAUCAUGUAAGUAAGUCUGUAGAUUAUAACGCCAUUGGUAAAGGUAGAACUUAAGACAAUUCCAACUUUACCAGGAACAUAUGAUGGACAGACCGAAGGACGGUUUAACUACUAUAUGUCCGGGGGUAUAAAACCCCAAACCGGACCGAAUUUAAACUCAUUUUGAAAUAUCAUAAUCAUAUGUUUAAAGGAUAUAAAGCUAUAAUCCAUGCAAUUUUUUUUUAUAAAAUACUUCAAUAGUAAAAUUAUAUUGCUUCCAUAAAGUUAUGAUCGAUUCUCAAGAGUUGUAAGAUAAAAGAUGUAAGUCUUUGUUUUUUAACACACACAAAUAUAGUAUUUAAACAUAAUAAAAUGUUUCGGUCAUUUUGCUACUCUAAGUAAAGUUUACUAUGUUGAGUUAAGCAAUGCAUGCACUAGUCGUUUUCAAGGCAAUUCACUACCGUAUUUGUUUAAUACAAACACAUUUUUGAAGUAUUCAAUUUUAAAAUGCAAACAAUAAUUUUUGUACCAGAUACAUAACUUCAUAUUUUUGAUGAUUUAUUGUUAUAAUGUCUUUAAUCAUUAGUAUAUUUUCAUGUUACCAUUUUGAUAAAAAAUAAUGGAGGAACAAAGGGAGCAAACGCCGGAGGAUGUAUUGUUUAGUGAGAGAUCCACAGCUGUUUCUGACACAUACUACAAGAACAGGAAGGUAUUUAACGACCCUAUUCACGGAAACAUAGAAUUACACCCAGUGUGCAUUCGCAUCAUAGACACGCCUCAGUUUCAGCGUCUGAGACACAUCAAACAACUAGAUACAUGUUACCUUGUUUAUCCAGGUGCCUGUCAUAACAGGUUCGAGCACUCAAUUGGUGUGUGUUAUCUAGCUGGAAAACUAUUGAGAACAAUUCGAGAUCGUCAUCCGGAAGAACACAUAAGUCAAAAAGACAUUCUGUGUGUCGAGAUAGCAGGACUCUGUCAUGACUUAGGCCAAGGACCAUAUUCCCAUGUAUUUGAAAAGAAAUUUAUGCCAAAAAAGAAUCCUGAACAAUUGUUUUCACAUGAAAAAGUUGCUCGGAAAAUGUUUGAGUAUAUGCUGAACAAUCGAAACUUGAAAGAAGAUAUUCAAAAAAUACUUCAGAAAUGUGAGAAGCUUACGUUUGAGGAAAAUGACUUUACAUUCAUAUGUGAAAUGAUUGAUGAUCCAAAAACCAUUGACGCAGAAAUUUGGCCAUACAAGGGCCGGACAUCAGACAAAAGCUACAUGUAUGAGAUCGUUGCAAACAAAAGAAAUGGUAUCGACGUUGACAAAUGGGAUUAUAUUGCUCGUGACAGCCUUAUGCUUAACAUGAAAGUAAAUUUUGAUUACAGCAGGUGCUUCACGAGAGCAAGAAUUAUUGAAUGUAAUGGGACUUAUUAUAGUGAUGACACAAAUACAGCCUCCCGACAAGUAAAUCGGAAACGAAUUUGCUAUAGAGAAAAAGAGGCACAGGACCUUUAUGACAUGUUCUACACGAGAAUGACUUUACAUAGACGGGCUUAUCAACACAAGACACAUAAAAUCAUUGGAAUAAUGAUUUUCGAUGCAUUAGACCGAGCAGAUGAACAUUUCAGAAUCAAAGGGAAAAAAAUUUCAGAAGCUGUUGACGAUAUGGCAGUGUAUACCUAUUUGAAUGAUGAUGUCAUACAGUUGAUUGCCAAUGAUCCAAAUGAAAAACUCGCAGAAUCAAAGCAAAUCAUAGAAGAUAUUAUGUACAGACGGUUAUACAAGUGUGUAUCUGAAACACACUGUCAGGACAAAAACUUAUCAGAAAAGGAUUUAAGAGAGGGUUUAAGUGAAUAUUUUCCAAGUACGGGCAUAGAAGAAAAUUGGUUCCAUUGCGAUAUUGUAAAGUUCAAUUAUGGAAUGGAGGAUAAAAACCCUUUAGAAAACGUGCGAUUUUAUACAAAAGAACGCUUGAAUGAGCCAAUAAAAUUAGAAAAAAAUCAGGUCUCCUACGUACUUCCUGACGUCUUUGAAGAGUGCGUCAUACGCAUAUACUGUAAGUGUGAAGAUAAAAAACAAGUAGAAAAUGCAAAAAAGCUUGCCGAAGCAUUUCGAAAAUGGUGUAGGGAAAAGAGUUAUCCAUUACCAAAGGAAGCGGCGUGCAUCCAAACGGCAGUUAAACAACGAAUUGAAAGUGCAUCAGAUGAAUCAAGUGCAUCCGACAGACGGGAUAGUACUGAUACUGCUCAAGCAAAUAAACAAUUGCCAGAACCUGCAACACUUGAAACGACGGAUGAGCAGCCUCAAAGUUUCAAUAACGGUGGAGUGGACAUGCGUUCAAUAGAACAAUAAUCUUAACAACAAAAUAUUGAUAAUUUAUAAACCCAAGGUUAAACUAGAUUUAUCAAUGAAACUAUUUAAAGAAUGUAAACGGAGUUUUUGUAAUUACAAAUAGUGAACAAAUUCGUCAUUUUAUUGAAUUAAGUGUUUGUUGAUCCCUUUUAAAAUGUCGUCUCAUGUACUUUAUUAUAUACAUAUAAGCGUAUUUUAUACUACUGAAAAGCUUUUAAUGUGCAAAAACAAAACUUAAAUACCAAAUUAGGACCGUUUUCACCAUUAGUGAUCAUUAUAGCACAUUCUUUAUUAAUAUUACAUUUUUUAAAUAUUACAAACAACAAAAGUAACAAAAAGGAUAACAAAAACUAGUUUGCAAACAUAAUUAUUCAAGUUUCUAAUCAAAAUGAUAUAAUUGACCAGAUUUUUCAUGUGAACACAAGUCGUCUGUUCGUACAUAAUAUAUAAAUGUUUUCUAUUUACUGAUUUUGGGCUUAAUCAAAAUUGACGUUCCAAAUAUCGAUACGAACAAUAAAAAGUGUUUUAACUUGGAUUUGAAAAAGAGAAAUUUACUAAUUAUAUUAACCUGAAUUAAUUCAAGUAUUGCGUUAGGAAUGUCUGUCAGUGUAUAAAUUAUAUUGAUGAAAAAUGUCUGUAAUGCCCCAUUAAAGUUGCUGUUUAGGGCAAUAAUUUUUCUUUUUUUUUGUAGCGCUUCAUUCUAUAAUCUGUGAAAAAAUUAUGCCGUUUACACAGAGGAAAACGAAAUAUAACAAUAUAUUUUGUUUUAAAUCUGGAUCGUAUGCUAUUUGUUUAUAUUACCAUGUGCUAUGAUAUUGUGUUAAUUGUGUAAUUACAGAUAGCAAAUAAAAAAAAACAUUGAGCUCGGAAGGGACAAGGAAAUCACAUAAAAUUUUGAAUGCAUGGUAGUUGUAUAAUGACAAUCUCUCGGUUACAGAUUAUGUAAAUGUUUUAGAUAAUUAACUCUUUAAUCAAACCUGAUAUAAAAUAUCCAGUCAAAAACUAGGUCAUAAGAGUUUAAAAUAGAAAAGCUUUUAACACUCUAGAGGCUGCAGUUUUGAUCAAAAUAUUCUAAAAAUUUGUCAGGAAGGUUGCUUUGAUUAUUUCUAGGUCAAGUUCGAAUAUGGGUCAUGUUCGGUCAAAAACUAGGUCACAGGAGCUAAAAAUAGAAAAAUCUUGAUAACACUUUAUUUGCUGCAGUUUUGAUCUAAAUAUUCUGGAAUUUUGUCAAGAAGGUUGUUUAGAUGAUUUCUAGGUCAACUUUGAAGAUGGGUUAUCUCCGGUCAUAAACUAGGUCACAGGAGCUAAAAUAGAAAACACUCGUUUACACUCUAUAGGCUGCAGUUUUGAUUCGAAUAUUCUGCAAAUUUGUCUGGAAGGUUGUUUUAAUAAUUUCUAGGUUAAGUUUGAAAAUGGGUCGUCUCCGGUCAAAAACUAGGUCACAUUGCCCAAAUAUGGUAUCACCUUUUUAACACACUAGGGGUCACAUUUUUUACUCAAUUGUCAUCAAACUUGGCCGGGAUGCUUGUCUAAUACAUUGCUUGGAUGCGGUUGAUGGGUCAGGGGAGCGAUCCAGGGCCAUCAUGGCCCUCUUGUUAUGUAAUGUAAUAUUGUUUUUUGUUUGUUUUUGUUUUGCUUUUCAUAAUAGCUAGAACAAGACUUUUUGUGAUAUGCCAUCAAUGGCAUUAGACCUAAAUGGAGAUAAGGAGAACUGUUUUUCCCUUUUUGUUUGCAUCUUUUCAAAUUGGUUUGCAUCGAAUUGAAUUUAUGUAGAAUUAAUGUAUGAUUUAAUUUCGCCAGCUUGUUGUGUCAUACCUCUUUUUUAUUGCUUUGCAUGAAUCGUCUGUAUACUUUUAUUGCAUUAAAUAUUUAUAUUCGAGUAUUUUGUGCAGCUAUAAUAUGAACGGAGACAAAAACAGGAAAGAAAUCCUUCUUAUAUCCGAUUUAAAAUAACUUAACGUAAAUUGUUCUAAAACGGAAGACCUGUAAUGUAAUAACCAAUUACGUUGAAAGUAUUUUGUAACAGACGUAACAAAAACCACAAAAGAAUUAUGUACGGCUGUUGAUGGCAAUUGUAAAAUACAUACUUUUGAUAUUAUAUAUAUCUAAAAGGGAUGUUCAAUGAAUAAUGACAGCAUUUGUUAUAGCAUUUCCUUACUUUAGAUAUUUUUAGACUUCAAUUAAUCAACAUUUUACAGUUUUCAGGUUUUUAGUUAUAUAGAUAGCAGUUAAACAAUGCAUUGCAUUAAAUUACUUAUGUUUUUCUCUGUUCUGUUUAAUGUAUUCUUUGACGUGUGAAAUAAGAAUUAAA